AUGAGCGAACUGUUUCCCACAUUCGACAGGGAGCUGGUGGCGCUGGUAGCGUACCUCGAGCGCGGCGACCCCUACGGCGCGCUGCGCGCGCUGGCGUGUGCGGGACGGCGCGUGCUGGGUGAGGGCGGGGCGGGCGCGGGGGCAGGCGUGGGCGGUGGGGCGGGCGGCGAGGAGGUGCGCUGGUGGUGGCCUAGUGUGAGUGCAGCCAUGGCCUGA